GUGUUGUGUUAUGGUUGGUGAUGACAUGCUAUCCCAUUUAAACCCUCAUAAACGCCGUCAUUCUUCACGUUAGAUUCAUAUCGCUUGGCUUUUGGAUGUAACUAAUACCGGAGAGCUGUCCACAAUGACUCACGUAAGCCAUGGCGCUAUACAGAGCCAACUAGGUGCUAUCAUGGAUGUGUUGACCAAAGCAGCUGUGGCCGAAAUUCUUCAACUUUUUGACGAUGGCAGCGCUGUCAUGCGACUGGAAAUCUCUCGGCAUCAAAGUGAGAAUGCGGAUUUGAAGAGGAGACUGGUGGAGGUGAAGGCACAACUUCGCAGUGUCCAGAUACGACUGAAAGCCAACGACUCAGUGGUUCGGCAGGACUGGACCGCUUCUUUCCGGACGGAGAGGCCCGAUCUGAAUCACCGGGACAGCCACACUAGUCCUGGACUGCCAAUGGAGGACAAGUGCAUAGUGGUGGAGGACCAGCAUCCUCCCGACCUCAUGCAGAUCAAAGAGGAGAGACUUGAGGAGGAGAUGUGGAAUGAAGAGGAACUAGAUUCCAUGAAGUAUGAGUCCGCCAGUUCCACCACCCAUGCCCCCACUGCUGCUAACGUGUUCCCCCAGCACACCUACUCCGCCUCCCAGCAGCAGCAGCAGCUCCCCUCGGCCCAGACCUGGCCCACGUGCGGCUCGGAGCCGUACCCACCACCUCACCCCAAUCAACAGCACAUGCAGCCUUCGGAUGCUUUCCCCCCUCGUCCCGGUCAAGACACCAACCACCCACAAGCCUCCAACGUCAACAUGUCAAGCGUCCACCUGACGUAUCCAUCGCAACAGCAGCACCAGCAAAGUUCGAACGUCACGUACAUCGAAACCUCGCACUAUGGAGACACGCAGCCACACGCCGGUCCGUCGAUUCCAAUACAAGCGACAAGGCAGUUUGCGGACACAAGUCCUCAAGCCCAAUCGGCUCAACAACAACAACAACAACAACAACAGCAACAGACGCAGAGUUUUGGAAGCAACUUGGGAAGGACUUUUGCAGGGAACGUGAGCUCCACUGGUCCACGGACGCACACAACAAACGCGACGAGUCGGAACGCCCUCUGUCGGAAUGCUGCAAGUACGAAUCCUACUGGUCGAUCUCUCUCUAACUCGCAUCCUAUUGGUGGGUUGGCUUCUAACUCUCAUACAAUUGGUGGGUCGGCUCCCUCGAAUUCACACCCCAUUGGCCAAAACCAAGAUGAUGACAUCAUCGAGAUAGAGGACUUUGACGCCGUGGCAAUGAAAGCUGAGGAGGGGAUUCGAUUGGACGAGGAGGAGGAUGAAGGACGGCUGGCCUUAGCCAAUGGCGUGGGUUCGGGGGCGGGACUAGGGAGACGGCCACAUCAGGAGGGGGAGGAGCAACAUGAAGGGGCGGAGCAUGAGUUGCUAUGGGGACCGAUGACGGACAGCGAAGGGGGCUUAGACAUGGAGGAAGAUGAGGAGGGCGAUAACCAUAGCGACCAGAGUCUCGAUGAGCUGCUGAUGUACGAGGAUCCUGAUCAGACUACGGCUGGCGCAUCCCAGCAUCCCCCUCACCUGCACCCACGACCCAAAGUGGGUCGUCCCAGUAACUCUGAGAUCCUGGAGCAGCAGCAGCAGCAGUAUCCUGCUGGCCAUCUCCACAUGUGCUCCAUCUGCAAGAGGGGCUUCACUACGCUGCCGUACCUGAGGAAACACCUGCGCAGCCACUCAGGGGAACGCCCCUUCACCUGCACCAUCUGCUACAAACACUUCCUCUGCUCCUCACACCUCAACAUACACCUCAGGACACACACAGGGGAGCGUCCGUACCAGUGCAAUACGUGUGGCAAGUGUUUUACUCAGCAGAGCAGCCUGAAGACCCACCAGAGCGUUCACAGCGGACUGCGGCCAUACAGCUGCCCACACUGUGGAAAGAGCUACACACUACAACACCAUCUGAAAAGACACAUGGCCACGCACGAUAGAAGCUAACCCACUGACAGACAGGGUUCCCACGGGUCAUGGAAUUUCUGGAAUAUCAUGGAAUUUCAUAAAUGUUUUUCCAGUCAUGGAAAGUCAUGGAAUUUUACCAUUUUACAUGCACAGUCAUGGAAUAUCAUGGAAUUUUCUUAACAGUUGUCCAAAAGCAAAAACUUUUUUGUUUGGUGUAUAACAUUAUUUCUUACUGGUUAUACUACAACGCUUCGCCAGAGACAAUUAAGUUUUGCGCUGUAAUGUGCAACAUUUUAGAAUGCAAUGAGCCCACUGAAGUCUGGCGGUGACUCUGUGUCGGCUCUAGGGGUGAAGAUAAUCUUCAGUUUUCACACUUAAAAAAACUUUUUAACUUCAUUUCUUUUUACCGAAAUGGUCAUGGAAAUUCGUUUUUUUGGGUCUGGAAAGUCAUGGAAAAUCAUGGAAUUUUAUGUCUGAAUUAGAGUGGGAACCCUACACUGAAGAGGCCAUUUUUUUGUAGUUCAAUGUUUGUGUUUUAUAAAGGGUUUCAAUGGGAGAAAAGACUACAAAUGGCUAAUUGUGACUGUACAGUUCCCCUCACUCUACAGCACCAUCUGAAAAGACACAUGGCCACGCACGAUAGAAGCUAACCUACUCAAGAGGCAAUUUUUUGUAGUUCAAUGUUUUUGUUUUAUAAAGGAUUUCAACGGGAGAAAAGACUACAAAUGGCUAAUUGCGACUGUACAGUUGCCCUCACUUUACAGCACCAUCUGAACAGACACCAGGAGUGCAUUCCAAUAUGCGUCCUUGCGUCCUCCACUUGUGCUUGUGGCCUCGCCCCGCCUCCUGGCCCCUCCUCCAUGGAGAAAACAAUAAAGUUUCCCCGCUGUCAGCCUAGCCAAAACAAUUUUUGGGGGACUAUUCUACAUUCACCAUCCAGUUUGCAAAUGAGAAAAUUACUUAACAAUUGAGUCCUUGCAAGAUAUUGAAAUAUAAUGCUGUUGUCAGUGAUGUCAUCAUGACAUUUUACUUCCUGGUACGAGGCCACAAGCACAAGUGGAGGACGCAAGGCCACAUAUUGGAACGCACACAUGGCCAUGCACGAUAAAAGCUAACCCAUUGCCCAUGGUGUUACCUGAAGAGGCCUUUUUUGUAGUCCAAUAGCCAUGUCUUAUAAUGGGUUUCAAUGGGAGAAAAGACUACACACUAGGCCACUUUACAACCCCAUCUAAGACACUGUUUACACGAAUAUGGUUAUUUUUUGAAAAUGCAGCGAUUUCGGCCCCUCGUUGACAUGUAAACAGAGUUGUCGAAGCCUCCUCUUAAAACUCUGGGUUUCAAAAUAUCCCUUUUUAGAAGCUAAAAAUCACCUUUCAAAAUGGUGUUUUUAAAAAAAAUGAUUACUAUUUAUCCACAUGCCAUGUUUAUAUGUCAAUGGAUAAAAAAGAUAUUUGUAUUUUAAAGAUGUCUGCCUACGUGUAAAUAGUGUCUUGAACAUCAUGAAAAGUCACAAGGCGACUCACGACAGGACAGGCGCUAACCCUACUACUACUACUAUAUCAUGCUUUUAUAUUUAAAUAUUUGUCAUUUUUGUUUGUUUUUUACAUGUUUAUUAUUUAUUAUUUUUUCUAUCAUUUCUUUUUUUUUCCUUGUGAAGUGCUUUGUUCACUCAUGCUCCACAACGCCCUGUGACAGCAUAGGGUUAGGGAUGGUUUUGGUCAGGGCUAGUGGUGUGGAUUUGCACUGCCCUCACAAUCCGAUUCAAUCACGAUUCGGGAGGUAGCGAUUCGAUUUGAUUCGAUUCUAUACGAUCCGAUCCGAUUCAAUUCUACAAUGCAUUGCAAUGCAUUACAUUUCUACUGAAAGCAAAGCAAAUGUUUAAUCAGUCAUGAUAAGGCAAUACAAGUACUCAGAUACUGAGCAACAAUUUAUUGGCUGUUUUCUGCAUCAGUCUGUAUCAGUCUUGCAAUGUUUUGAAGUGCUUUUAUUUAAUUUAACAUUCAUUUAACAUUCAUUUGCUCCCGAAAUAUCCAUGGAAGUAAUUGAAACUUAAAAAAAUUGCCGGAUCAAUUCUGGAACUUGCCGGAUCGAUUCUGGAUUGUCGAUGCCCCGCACUGGAUUGGAGCGCCGAAUCGAUCAUUGUUGACACCACUAGUUGGCAGGGAACGUAUAGCUAAACAAAAUAAAUUGAUUGAACAAACUGAAUGACUAACAUAAACCACAAUAAAACCAAAUAAUAAGCUAAACAGUUUCCCCAUUAGUUGAGAACAACGUUAUAAUAAUGUAUUGCGUCUCUGAGCAUUGCUACUAUUGUUGUGAAUGGGGCAUCGCCUCACAGACCUUGACUAUGCUGCCCUACAAUUUCAGAGCGCAGUAUAAUUCGAAAUGGCAAACUGAGAAAAAAAGGCUUUAAAGUUUCCUUUCUGGCCACGCAACUGUGUUGGAGGUAAAGUGGUGAUGACACUUCCAUAUAAUACUUUUUUUAUUGUGGAAAUUUAUGCACACAAGAAAAAAACAA